AUGGCCGACCACAGCUCCGCCGCAGCUUCCAUGGAGCUCAAGGACAACACCGUCAUCGUUGUUCUCGGUGCCUCCGGAGAUUUGGCGAAGAAGAAGACCUACCCUGCGUUGUUCGGCCUGUACCGAAACCAGUUCCUCCCCAAGGACAUCAAGAUUGUCGGAUAUGCACGGACAAAGAUGGACCAUGAGGAAUACAUCCGUCGCAUCAGAUCCUACAUGAAGACCCCCACAAAGGAGAUUGAGCAGCAGCUCAAUGAUUUCUGCAACCUCUGCACCUACGUCUCCGGCCAGUACGACAAGGACGACUCAUUCCUUAACCUGACCAAGCACCUCGAGGAGCUUGAGCAGGGCAAGCCCGAGACUCACCGUCUCUUCUACAUGGCGCUCCCCCCACACCUGAAGAAGUGCUGCUAUCCUACCAAGGGUAUUGCACGCGUCGUUAUUGAGAAGCCCUUCGGCAAGGACCUUGCCAGCUCCCGCGAGCUGCAGAAGUCUCUUGAGCCCGACUGGAAGGAGGAGGAGCUCUACCGCAUUGACCACUACCUCGGCAAGGAGAUGGUCAAGAACAUCCUCAUCCUCCGCUUUGGUAACUCCUUCUUCGGCUCUACCUGGAACAGGCAGAACAUCGAUAAUGUCCAGAUCACCUUCAAGGAGCCCUUUGGCACUGAAGGCCGUGGCGGCUACUUCGACGAGUUCGGCAUCAUCCGCGAUGUCAUGCAGAACCACUUGCUGCAGGUUCUCACCCUGCUCGCCAUGGAGCGCCCCAUCUCUUUCGCCUCUGAGGAUAUCCGUGACGAAAAGGUGCGCGUCCUCCGCGCCAUGCCCGCCAUUGAGCCCAAGAACGUCAUCAUUGGCCAGUACGGCAAGUCUCUGGACGGCAGCAAACCGUCGUACAAGGAGGAUGACACCGUUCCCAAGGACUCGAGAUGCCCCACCUUCUGUGCCCUCGUCGCCUACAUCAAGAACGAGCGCUGGGAUGGCGUUCCUUUCAUCAUGAAGGCCGGUAAGGCCCUGAAUGAGCAGAAGACCGAGAUCCGAAUUCAGUUCAAGGACGUUACCUCGGGUAUCUUUAAGGACAUUCCCCGUAACGAGCUUGUCAUGCGCAUUCAGCCUAACGAGAGCGUCUACGUCAAGAUGAACUCCAAGCUUCCCGGUCUCAGCAUGCAGACUGUCGUCACCGAGCUUGACCUGACCUACCGCCGUCGCUUCUCCGACCUCAAGAUCCCAGAGGCCUACGAGUCGCUGAUUUUGGACUGCCUCAAGGGCGACCAUUCCAACUUUGUCCGUGACGACGAGUUGGAUGCCAGCUGGAGAAUGUUUACUCCUCUGCUGCACUACCUUGACGACAACAAGGAGAUUAUCCCCAUGGAGUACCCUUACGGAUCCCGUGGACCUGCUGUCCUCGAUGACUUCACCUCUUCUUAUGGCUACAAGUUUAGUGACGCGGCUGGUUACCAGUGGCCCACAACCUCUGCUCAGGCCGCCCCCAACAAGUUGUAA